UGUGUCUGUCAAUUCACCACACCCGUCACAUCCAUCACAUCCGUCACAUUCACAUCCAUCACACCGAUCCCGUCCUGGAGCAACAUGGCCUGGGCCCGUCUUCCAUCAGCACCGCACAUGCCGCUCCCCACACGCACCGCCCGCACCGCCCGCACGUUGCCUGCCGCACAUGCGCACGCCUUGGUGCGGGCCUUGGUCUGGGCCAUGUUUCCCCCCCCCACGUUCCUGGCCAGGACCCGAGGCUGGGGCCGCUCGCCAGAGACGGUGUCAGCGCCAUUCCAAAGAACCGAUCCGCCCUGGAGCAUGGCUUCUGUUUGCCGCUGCUGGCGGCGGCUGCGUGGUGCGGUGGAGCAGGCCUCCAGGCGAUGGCGAAUCAUGCCGCAUGUCGCCGUCGCGUGUCGGGCGGAUCUGGCUCUGGGUCAUGGCACGCCAUGAUGGCAUGCAUGGCGCGGCUCCUGGUGCGGCUCCUGGUGCGGCGAGAUCCGGGAGCCAUGUUGCUGACGCCGUCUUCGCCGCCGCCGGAUCCACCGGAUUUCGGGCCUGCACGAGAGCAGCAGCGAUAACCAGCGCUGCAGCCAGGCUCGCACUGGUGGACCAGGCAAGUCAUGGCCCAUCUGUGCUCCGCUCCACCCAGAUAAGUGGAAUCCAAUCCAUUCGCUCUGCCUCUCUCUUCCGACUGUUGUCUCGUUUGGACAAAGCUGUGUAUUUGGGCUACGCAGAUACAUCAUUUUGCUGGUUGAUUACUAUCGAGAGAACAAACUGGGAGGGGGUGGGGAGAGUGCAAGGGGGAUGCAGAAAGUCUGCCGGGGGUUGGCCAGGGCCGUUUGCGGCAAUGUGAAGCGAGAGGGAAGCCCGCAAAGAGGAAGAGGGAGGAAACAUGGAGCGGUGGCAAAGUCACAAGACUGCCAAACUCCGAUGGGUCCCCUUCCCUUCCUCCUUCCCCACUAUUCAUG